AUGACCCAAGAAAUGGAGACGUUUGGUGCCCGCUUGGCCAGCUUCGAUCGGGUGUUGCUCCCAGAGAAACGGAGGGGAUCGAGCGCAAAGACAGUAAAGCCAAUUACUUGGCCUCAUCGUAGGCCUUCGCCUGCCGAGCUGGCGCAUGCGGGCUUCUUCUAUAAUCCCUACGAAACCAACCCGGAUAAUACAACAUGUUUUCUUUGUCGCAGAGCGCUCGAUGGGUGGGAGGAAGAGGACAGCCCUAUAGCCGAACAUUUGAAGCAUUCUCCAGACUGCGGGUGGGCAGUUAUGAUGGACAUCCAACAACAUAGCUCCAACCCCGCGGAGAUCGAAGAUCCAACAAGUGAUGUAAUAAGACAAGCGAGGCUGGCUACCUUUGGUGAGCUGUGGCCGCACGAUGGGAAGCGAGGUUGGGUGUGUCAGUCAGAAAAGAUGGUAGAUGGCGGGUGGUAUUUCUGUCCGACGGAAGAUAGUAACGAUCUAGCCAGCUGCGCGUAUUGUAAACUGUCUCUUGACGGAUGGGAGCCCAAGGACGACCCUUUUGAUGAACAUUAUCGGCGUUCGUCCGACUGUUCAUUCUUUGUGUUUGCCCAGCCACCUGGAAAAAAGACGAAGGGAUCGCGAUCGAAGAAGCCUCGCGGAUCCAAGGCAUCCCGUUUGUCCACGCAGUCUACUGUUUCUGAGACUCCUGUUUCAGAUAUUGACCAGAUUGAUCAAAGUGAAGUGUCCCAAUCUACUACCAAGUCAAAAGGCACGAAGAAGUCUAAGGCCAAAGCGAAAACAAGGGCUAAAAAGGAGGAGGUCGAGGAAGUCGGCGCGGAAAUGGAUGUCGACGCCAUGGAGUAUACACAGCCGAAACGAACCACUAGAGGUAAAAAGAGGGCAAGUGGUGAAGUUGCUACGGAUAAAGAUGAGGCGGCUGCCGUUAACACCCAGGAAACCGAACACUCUGAGGCCCCAACCAAAAAGAAAGCCAAGAACUCACGCGAGAGCAUUCAAAAUAAUAACAAUCAGAACGAUGUAGUGAUUGUGGAUACCCAUCAGGAUGAAAUCCCCCAGGAAGAAGAGUCAAGCAGGGGCCGCGGAGCUACCAAGAAGAAAACAUCUAAAGGGCGUAAAGCCUCUACUGAGUCUUCCGCCGCGAAAACCACAUCAAAGUCACGUGUACCCCAGGACUCUGAGCUGGACGCAGGUAUUGAAGCAGGCCUUGAAGCGGAUCUCGUUGGCCUUGACUUAGAAAAGUCAAAUGACGAGGAGGUGCAGAAGCCUGCCAAAAAGGCCAAGUCUAAAAAGAAGAAGGAAACCCCAGAGUCAUCGGUUGCCGUAGCCCAUCAACCGGAGGCCAUGCAUCCCAGUCAAGAGCCUGAGACAGCGAUGCCACCGGUCACUAAGGUAUCGCAAACGAUGUCAACGGAAGAGCCGGUGAAGCGACAAAGAUCAGGAGGCUCGAAGAGUUCUGAGCAAAUAACCCGACGAUCCGCAGAUCCUAAUGGUGAGUCCGAAACAAAAGAAGGCAAGGGCAACGAUGCUGAAUCUGUUCGACACGAGUCUUUUGUAUCUGUGGAGAUUCGCAACGUAAUUCCGGAGAACCCCCCGGCCAAGCCGGAUGACAAGGGCACGAAGCAGAAGAAGAAGAACUCAGCGGAGAAGGGCAAGAAGCCAAAAAAGACCGAGAAGCAUGCUACUGAACCAGUUGGCUCUGAAGGCAUGCACAUCGAACGACAAAAUGAGAUGCAAGAAAUGCAAGAACAAGAACCCAGUCCAGAGGCUACCAGUUGCAGGUCGUCCAGAGUGCCCCCCAAGACAGCCGAGCGAUACAGUGAUAUCCCUGAAGAAAAGCAGUUUGCCAGGUCGAUUGCAGAGUCGCGCGACUCCGAUACCCACGUUGCGGUAGAAGAUACUACGAAGGACGAUAAUGAUCCUGUGUCGCCGCUUCCCUCUGCUUCCAAAAGCACCCCAUCUCUCUCGCCUCAAUCGUCUGAUGCUGAAAAUCGUCCACCAUCCAUGAGAGUUUCUGCGCCCCGUCCCAUUCUAACAUCGCCGUCCAAGCAGCCAGUUAUCCGAGUUCCACUGGCACCCAGCACCCCUUCACCAUCAAAGCGGGAUCCGAACAUAGAGGCCCUCAACACAUCUUACCCGUGGAGGCCCGUCGACAUCGACAAAAUUCUUUUGGCCGGGAAUAUCGACAAGGAGAAUGUCGAUAUUGCGUCCCCCUUGGUCAGUAUGAAAGGAGAUUUGACAAGCCCGGAAAAGAAGAUGAGCGUCGAACAGUGGAUCAUGUGGAAUGCCAAAAAUGGAGAGGAGAGACUCAAACGUGAAUGUGAGAGACUUGUUGGGCAAUUUGAAAGGGAAGGGGCACGAGCGAUGCAUGUUCUGGAGGGAAUUGAGUGCGUGGACUGA